AUGGAUGUAUUGUGUGAAAGAGAAUAUGUGUAAGAAGGGGGUGAAUUAAGAUAUGACAGCUGAUAGAGAUGUACGGAGGAGUACAUACUGUGCCGCCCCUCCGAAGGGAUAAGGAAUCAAAUAUCAUGAAUAUUUCAUUGCUAACAUUUGGUGUCAUUUGCACCUCAGCUUUGCUUUUACAACCACCAAAAAAACGUAAGGAAUGUGUUAAAGGAACGAGCAAACAAUAUUGUUUGACGGAAAACUUAAGGAAAAGGAAUUUCGAAAUUCAAAUCGAACCAGAAGAGUCAAAGGGCAACGGUGAUACUUACCCUGGAAAUAAUGAAAUCAAUGCUCUUAAAAGACACAAGGGAUGGGGAGGAUCUAAACCACCGAAGCCUACAAAACCACCAAAACCACCAAAACCACCAGUGCCUGAUUAG